GAGAAAAUCAAGCAACAACCGACCCACCCCGUGUCUGACAUUUCCCUCCGUUUUUAACCCCUUUUGGUUAGGAGCUUGGCUUUGCCCAAAUUUGUUUUAAUGUUUGGGAUUCAGGAAAAUAUACCAAGAGGUGGGACGACCAUGAAAGAAGAACCGCUGGGCAGUGGGAUGAACCCCGUCCGCUCCUGGAUGCACACGGCGGGGGGGCCGCCUUCCAAUCUCAGAAAAUCCAAUUUUUUCCACUUCGUCUUAGCUCUGUACGACAGGCAGGGGCAGCCCGUGGAGAUUGAGAGAACGGCUUUUGUGGACUUUGUGGAGAAAGAGAAAGAGCCAAACAAUGAAAAAACUAACAAUGGGAUUCAUUAUAAACUUCAGUUAUUGUAUAGCAAUGGAGUCCGGACGGAGCAGGACCUGUAUGUUCGCCUAAUAGACUCGAUGACCAAACAGCUCCGCAGCCGGUGCUGUGACAAGAAAAGUUGCGGCAACAGAAACGAAACACCCUCAGACCCCGUUAUCAUUGACAGAUUCUUUCUAAAGUUUUUCCUCAAGUGCAAUCAGAACUGUUUGAAGAAUGCAGGCAACCCGCGAGACAUGCGAAGAUUCCAGGUUGUUGUAUCAACAACAGUCAAUGUGGAUGGCCACGUGCUGGCUGUCUCAGACAACAUGUUUGUACACAACAAUUCCAAACACGGGAGGCGGGCUCGCCGCCUUGACCCCUCAGAAGCUACUCCGUGCAUAAAGGCCAUCAGUCCUAGUGAAGGCUGGACCACUGGUGGGGCUACUGUCAUCAUAAUCGGAGACAACUUCUUUGAUGGCUUACAAGUCGUAUUUGGGACUAUGUUGGUCUGGAGUGAGCUGAUAACGCCCCACGCCAUCAGAGUUCAAACACCACCACGGCACAUUCCAGGAGUUGUUGAAGUAACUCUCUCCUACAAAUCCAAACAGUUCUGCAAAGGUGCUCCCGGCCGAUUCGUCUACACUGCGCUUAAUGAACCCACCAUAGAUUAUGGCUUUCAGAGGUUGCAGAAAGUUAUUCCACGACAUCCAGGUGAUCCCGAAAGGUUACCAAAGGAAGUAUUACUUAAGAGAGCAGCAGACCUUGUGGAAGCCCUAUAUGGGAUGCCCCACAACAACCAGGAAAUCAUCCUGAAACGAGCGGCCGACAUCGCGGAGGCGCUGUACAGCGUGCCGCGCAACCACAACCAGAUCCCCACCCUCGCCAACACUCCUGCUCACACUGGCAUGAUGGGGGUGAACUCCUUCAGCAGCCAGCUCGCCGUCAAUGUCUCCGAAACAUCACAAGCCAACGACCAAGUAGGUUACAGUCGCAACACAAGCAGUGUUUCCCCGCGAGGAUAUGUUCCCAGCAGUACUCCUCAGCAGUCCAAUUACAACACAGUCAGCAAUAGCAUGAAUGGAUAUGGCAAUGCCGGCAUGCCCAAUCUAGGUGUACCAGGUUCCCCUGGAUUUCUUAAUGGCUCCUCAGCUAACUCUCCUUAUGGCAUGAAACAAAAGAGCGCCUUUGCUCCUGUUGUCAGGCCCCAAGCCUCUCCUCCACCAUCUUGCACCAGUGCAAAUGGAAAUGGACUUCAAGCUAUGUCUGGGCUUGUAGUCCCGCCAAUGUAA